CAAAACAAUGCCCUUCUUCACUCACCGUUCACUGAUCUUUUUUCUCCCAAAUGAGCCCUCAUUUCUUUAAUCCCUCCCUUUUAUGGCUCAUUUGCUAGCUACCACUAACCCUCCCACUACCUCGCUGAAACUAUUCUUCUUCUGCUCGUCGGAAUCCGCCAUUGUUAACGGUGUUAGAAACGCAGGGUAUUACAAUGCGAGAACGAAGCGACAUCGUUUUAGCGGAAGGUGUUCGAAUUCGAGCGUAGUUUCUGCGGAAUUGCAGAUCGAGAAGCAGAAUGAAGAAGAAGAGAAAGAAGAAGGAAGAAGGACAAGGAGAAUGAUGAGUGUGACUGAUGAUGAGAGAGAGUGUUUGGUGUGUGAGAAUGGAUGGAGAGUGAGGAGGCUUGUGGAGAAAGAUGAGGAAAUCAGAAAUGCUGCGAAUGUUCAGGCGGAAGCUUUCCAUGUUCCUGUCUCGCUCUUCAAUCCCGUGUUCUUCCAGUUCUUUCAGGCAGAAGUGCUCUCCGGCCUCCUUUACAAGUUAAAGAGCUCUCCUCGUGACAGGUAUGCUUGUUUGGUUGCUGAGGAGGCAGCAGCCACAAAGAGUUCAUCAGAUUCAUCAAAACAGAUAGUGGGAGUUGUAGACGUGACUGCCCUGAGGGAUGAGAAUGUGCUUCAACAUCUCCCUCCUCAUGCAACAGAAUAUCUUUACAUCUCUGGAAUUGCGGUCUCCUCCAAUUUCAGGAGGAGGAAGGUGGGAACUGCAUUGUUAAGAGCCUGCGAUGUGCUAUCAGAUGUGUGGGGAUGUGAGUUUUUGGCACUGAGAGCAUAUGAGGAAGAUUGGGGUGCUCGCAGAUUAUAUUCAAAAGCUGGUUACAAAGUUGUGUCCAGAGAUCCGCCAUGGUUGUCCACUUGGAUUGGAAGGAAAUGUCGUGUUCUUAUGAUUAAACGAACAACUUAGUCAA